AUGGCCGUUACACUGAAGCGCAAAAGAGGCGCAGUCUCAUAUAGAGAACCGAGUACCGAUGAGGACCUGUCCGAUUCUCCUGACCCUGCGCCGUCAUCGUCUAGGUCAAAGCGCACUAUUUCCUCCCGCCGAAGUACUACGAGGCAGCAACAUGGAGAGGAAGAUGACGACGAAGCAGCCAGUCAGGUCGCCUCCCCACACCCACCUUCGACCAGCAGAUCAAGACCAUCAAUACGGGCACAACGAAGCAGCGGAAGAGCACCUAUUUCGUACAAAGACAUCAGCUCAGAUGAGGAGGAUCCGGACGCCGACUUUGAGCCUGACAUGCAGCAGACGAUUCCUGUGCGGACUAGGCCUCGCAGGCAAUCCACUGCAUCUCAGCCACCUCGUGCCCAGAAGAGGCGGCCAUCAAGAGAAGAACGACACCAUAGAUCGAGGCUUGGUGCAGCGUUGAAGCCAAACAUCGAUGUCGUGAACGAGCCUAAAGCGGCGGAGAUUCCCACAGAUGGUCACGAGCCGGAUUGGUCUUCUCUACCGUAUCAUGUACUGCUCCAGAUCUUCGUAUACGCUUCCCAUCCACUACAUGACGAGAACAUGAGACCUACAGCGUCUAUCAAUUGGCUUGCCAGUAUGGCUCGCGUGUGCUCACUGUUCACGAAGCCAGCGCUGACAGCAUUGUACCGCAACCCACCUAUAUUCGCUACAAAAGCUCGCAAGGACCUGGUGUACCAUCUAAUCACGCCUUCUCUUGAAGACCAUCUUGACUACCGAGUCAUGGUCAAACGUCUGGAAUUGGAUGCCACACAGAUGACUGCCUUGACAGACGCUACGCACAGCAUUAGUGACCUAGCUUCUCUAGUGAAAUCCUUGACAACUCUACGAGAGAUAGAUAUCUUUGAUCCUGUCGACAGGCCACCGUUCCGCGGUAGGCUCCGUAGGCUCCGUCGGUGGGUGUAUCCCAAUGAACUCUUUGAUGCUCUGAGGCAAACACAGUUGCGCCUGAGGAGUUGGCGUUGGAACUCCACAUUUUGUGACCAGGGUGUCCUCUGGAUGAAGGGCAUCCACGGCGAUGCCGCCUUUCAGAGCCUUCGAGAGCUCACUAUUACCAAGUUCCACCCUGACCCUGCGCCAGAGGAGGAUCUUGAAGACGGUCGGAGCCCUCCGACAGCAGAAGAACUCUUAGCAUCCGCUCUCACUGUACUUCCCAACCUCAAAAAUCUAUCAUUCGAGACCUGUGGUGUCGUAAGUGGAAAGCUACUCCCACUACUUCCCAGCAAUCUCACUAGUCUGUCUAUAACCAAUUGCGGUGAGCUGCUCUCGGAAGCUCUACAAGCCUUUUUGACAACGCAUGGUUCACAACUCGAAGAGCUCAUUCUCAAUCACAACCAAGCUCUCGACAUGUCCUUCGUUGUCGAUUUGAGGCGCUCUUGCCCGAAAUUGGAAGUUUUGCGCAUGGAUACAACAUACUACAGCUCACUAGCCAUGUCUUCCGACAACGAGCCGUUGUACGAUACUUUACUAGGGGAAAACGAAAUCCCCACAUGGCCUUCGUCUCUAAGGAUCAUUGACAUGGAAUACCUCCGAAAGUGGAAUGCAAAGUCCGCCACCAAUUUCUUCAGUUCUCUCAUCAACUCUGCUGGGGGAUUGCCGUGGCUACAGGAGAUUACCAUCACAGCCAUGGUCGAUACCGAUUGGCGGCAGCGCGCAGAGUUUAGAAGAAAAUGGAGUGCAAAGUUCAAACAGGUAUUUGCCAGGAAAUGGGAGCCGCCUAGCGUUCAUCUGGCAUCCUUGCGGGCAUUCCGAGAGUAUCGAGAAGGCAUCCAACAGGACCAAAAAAACGACUCACUGAUGGAGGAUGUUCAUGAGGGCUUUGCAGGCCAAGUGGAGGCUGUGGAGACUGCCGACGACAGUGAUAGUGAUCGGCCGUUAGUCUCUUCGCGUAGAAGGAAAUUGGAGGAUUCCUGGGGUUCCACGCGGCUUCGAUUACGAUCAAAGGCAACGACGAGCUAUGAUGAGGCCUCGGACGAUGAUUCUGCGUGUGGAGAGACCGCGUCAGAAGACGAAGAGGUGCCUUUUGUACAAGGCCGUUGCCACACGGUUCUCUUUCGCGUAGACAACUUUCGACCGCGGGAGGAGCUCUAUGGGGAAGCCGACUUUCUGGAUGCAGAGCCCAGCGAUGACGAGGAAUGGAAUGGUAAUGAAGCGAAUGAGGACGAAGGCGGUUAUGCUUGGUAA